ACUAUAUCCCCUGUUGGCAGUAGAUGGCGAUAUGCUCUUCACCGUGCUACACAAUGCAGCACAGAAUAAGAAAAUCAUUCGCCAGGCAGAACCCAAAACAAAUCGCCGUGUGACGUGGCUAAUCGCAACACCCAGUAGAAGGAGACUCAAGAAUACCAUACGAGAUCUUGGAUUGAAUAGCUUUUAACAAGGUAUGUAAGAUGUCGGACAGCGAAGCCCCCGGUGCUCCGGCGGGGAGUGAUGAGGUCGUACCCCAGCCGUCCCCCGUGACCCCAGACGACAGCUCGCCCCAGACACCGGACGUGACCUCGGGCGAAGUCUCCGCAGAUGUUGCCCCGAGCCGGAAGACCAGAAGAAGACCUGAGACCAAACCUCCAGUGGAGGUCCACGAGGAGUCCCAGGCGAAAUCUAAUGCAGUGGAAGAAACAGCCAUGCCCUCUAGUGAGUCCACCGUAGCCCAGGGGGGCUGGGGCUACUGGGGCAACUGGGGUAAAUCCCUCUUGUCCACAGCCACAGCCACGGUGGCUACCGUAGGCCAGGGGAUCACCCAGGCCAUAGAGAAGGCUGAGACGUCCCUGGGAAUCCCCAGCCCCACAGAGCUGUCCGCCCGGGCGGGGCCAGAGAGCAGGGCACAAGGUGAGGCGAGCGCUGAGACAGACCAGGCAGAAGGAGAUGGCAGUGAGUCGGCCGUGGGCAGCGCCAUGGGGAUGCUGUCCUCACUCACCAGUGUAGUUCAAAGCACCGGGAAGACUGUCCUCACAGGAGGUCUGGACGCCCUGGAGUUCCUAGGGAAGAAGACCAUGGAUGUGAUCGCAGAGGGAGACCCCGGCUUCAGGAAGACCAAGGGGCUGAUGAUCAGGUCCUCCACGCUGUCCCAGGUGCUGAGGGAGGCGAAGGAGCGCGAGGAGCAGCAGACGGCGGAGGAGGUGGCGUGCACGGCGGAGAAGAAGGCCCACUACGGGAUGCUGUUCGACGGCUUCCAGGGUCUGGCCCACCUGGAGGCCCUGGAGAUCCUGUCCAGGGAGAGCGAGGCCAAGGUGAAGUCUGUCCUGACCACCCUGUCAGGAGAAGAGCUAGCCCAGCUGAGACACGACCUGCAGCUGAUCAAGGAGCCCUUCUCCCUGGUCGAGUUCGACGACGAUGAGGUGGACGAGAAGAAAGACGAAGAUGGCUCGGAGUUUCUAAGGGAAUUAACAGAGGCUCUGAAUGGGCUGCGCUUAGCAACAACAGCAGACAAGCUGGGAAAGGCCAGCAGGGGCGCCUGUGAGCAGAUUGCUGAGAUGACCAAGCCUGUGGAGGUGGAAGAAGAAGAAGGGCAGAAGGAGGAUGAGACAAAACCGUACACGGUCGAGGACGUUCACUCGGCCGCCAUCAGGAGCCUGGCGGAGCUGACCGCCCGCUCCAUCGAGCAGUUCCACAAGGUGGCGGAGAUGAUCCUGUUCUCGCGCAGCCCGGAGCUCGCGACCCUGGAGCAGGCCCGCAUCCUCGCACAGAUAACCAUCGUUUUGUGCAAGGAGGUGUCUCUGCAGUCCAAGAAGUUCACCUCCGCUUUAACCACAAUAGGGGCGAGUAAGGGAGGAGACGUUCUCAAUCCUCUCAUCACCGGCGUGUUUCUAGAGGCUUCCAACAGUGCGUCCUACAUCCAGGAUGCCUUCCAGCUGCUCAUGCCCAUCCUGGAGGUCACACACAUCCAGAGUAGGACAGACUCGGCCCAGCCGUGACCACUUCCUCUUUCUGCAGCGGUGACAACUUCCUGCCUCGACAGCAGUGCCAAUAAUGGACUCGUAAGUCUGGCUGUAAAGGAUUUCUGUGCUGGCUAGAUACACUCCUAAACACACACCUGCAGACAUGUUUGGGGGUAGAUGGGGUGGAUGUGAUAGGUUAACAGUGUGGAACUGGCUUUAACUGGUCUGCUGAUUGGCCCUUGAGUUUAAGAGGCAGGGCUUAGGGAAGCCUUUAUCAAACUGGUGUUUUCAUUGCCGUUUUCAAAACAGCCUCGACUUUUAAUUCUGUUUUAGUUCAUCUCACUUAAUUUGACGCCUGGAAGGAAAUGUAUUCUCCAAAAUAGUGUUUUUUUGUCAGUUAGCUCAGUGCUGAAAGCGUAUGGCAUUGUAGAUAGAAGCAUUUAGUUUCAGGGUCUAGAGAUGAUGCUGCAUUUUGAAUAGUACUUGCUCAUCCAAGUCAGUGGUAAAUGUAUUUUACAUGUUUGUUUGUUUGUUUUUACAUCCAACUGAAUACAUUUGGUUAAUCUCUCAA